CAAAUUUAAAAACAUGUAAAAUUAAAAAAAAUGUUUGUUUCUUCAUUCUGCUUCAAAAGUUCAAUUCAAGUACCUAUUGGAACAAUUUCAGAGUCUGCAAAUAACAUAUUAGCAAUAUAUUAAAGUGCUGUUAUGCAGUCAUAAAAUAAUAAUAAUUUGUGGCAAAGUAUGAGUAAAAAUGUCUGGGCGGGAAGCUGCUACUGAUCACAGACCAAAGAGUUCAAAUCUCGUAGAUAAUAAUUUUGGACCCAUUCGAGAGGUUCUUAGCCCUUGCAAAAUUGCUGUGCUUCUAUUCAUUGAAAAAUACAAUAGAAUUGGACUUAAGUAUGGUGAAGGACUCAUUUCUGGUGGUUGUGCUGAUAGAAUUGCCACUGCUGCUGAGAGGAAGUCAACAGCAAGACUACUUUUUGAACUAAUCCAGGGAGGAGAUUUGCAGUUUUCAAAUCUAUUGAAGCUUGUGGAAAACAAAUGUUUUGACAGACAACAUGUAGAAGCAUGGAAGAGAGCUAUGAAGCAUGUGGUGGAGGAGGGCGUAGAGGGGCUACAGUGUUUGUUUGACACGGUGCACAAAGCUGUGCUGCAGGACGGCCUUGACUCACUGCCCUGUCUCUGGACCAGCAUUGUUGGGCUGUACUUGCGGCAGAUGAAUCUCCUGUACAAACGCUUGUCUAUCGUUGAGGUGGUGACUCUGCACUCUCUGUUUGUUCAGUACUGCACAACUUUACCAAAGAUGGACUGCAACAACAGCACCGAGUCCAAGUCUGCCUUCAGCCUGCCAACAGCCCUGGACAUCUCCAUGGCCUCACCUCCAUCCUCCCCUUCGCUCCCCUCAAACUCGCAAUUCGUUGACAAUAACCAAGAUAUUUCUGAUCUCAAAGCCGCAACCCGCAGCCUCGGAGAUGUCAGAGACAUUAGCCUGAGCAACGCUCCACACGUCCUCAGGAGAGACUUGCUGCUGCAAGAGAGCGAGUGCGCAUGGAGCAUCCAGCAGGCAGAGCAGCUGAUUGGCGAGCAGACUAGGCUGCUGGAGUUCAAUGAGUCCUCAGCGCUGCCUGCUAGGGAACUGCACACCAUCCUGCAGCGCAUCCUUACUGUGCACCCCCAGCUCAGCUCUGCUCAUUACCUGUCGUGCCUGAAUUUCCUGCGCGUGAACGAAGCGAAAGGCGCGAUGGAGAGCCUUGCUGCCGCCUAUGACUGUCAGCAGGUGACCCGAGCGACGCCGCGGUCGCUGCGGUACGCUGCUCUCAACAUGGCUGCCCUCUACUCACAUUUCGGCAGCAGGUCUGUGGCGUUGCGGUGCGUGUCAGAAGUGAUCGCACACUCGCAGGAGGCGUCUGACAACACUUGCCUGCAGCACGCGCUCGCCUGGCUCUACGUGCUCGCUCCCACUCACAAGCGAGAGGCGCUGGUGCAGAGCGCCGUGCAGCGUUCAGCGAGUCUGCAGCUGCCGUACCUGAGCUGGCUCAGCUUAGUUAACCAAGCCGCGCUACCUUCACUUAAGCCGCCAGCUCAGAGGCUCCAGAUGUUGGUGUCGCGAGUGGACGGUUGUGUGGGCGUGUGUGGCGGAGGAGUGGGCUGUGUGGGCGGCGUGUGGGCAGUGGAGGCAGGCGUGUGGUCCCAGUGGCUGGGUAACAGCAGCAGCAUGUCUGUUGUGUGCAGUCAGCUGGUCCUACAUGCACCACCUGUCUUGCCCGCCUCACCAUCUGUGCCUUACGCGUCCAGCCAGACGGCCGCCGCUCUCUGCAACAUCGCUGCCUCGCUCGCUGAUGCUGGCGAAUACAGCGCUUGUGAGGCGCUACUGUCCCGCGCACAGGCGCUCUUCAGCAGCGGCAGCGCACACUCGCGACACGUGCGCCUCACGCGCGCCCACGUCUCGUGCUCGCGCUUCGCUCUGCUCGGCAGCUACGCGCAGGCGCUCACCGCCCUCGCUCCUGUCGCCGCGCAUGAAACUGCUUACUUUAAAAUCAGGUCGUGCGAGGUGGCGGUGGCGCAGGGAGAGUCUGAGUGCGCCCUGCAGCUCGUCACGGAGCUCCUCAGCUCUCAGGAGGUCGCUGAGAAACCUCAGCUCCUCGUGCAGGUUUAUCUGUUGUAUUCUUCAGCGCUGUGCAUUGCCGGCAACUGCAGCGGGGCGCUGGACACUCUCGUGAACGCCGUGUCCCUGGCGCUUGAGAACCACCUGGCGCUGCUGCACAGCCUGGCCACGCUGCAGCUUAUUGCUGUACAGCUGCAACUUGGUCUGCUGUCUUCUUCCUCGCCCUCGAAGAGCUAUGAGAGACUCAACAACCCCAGCAUUCAUGCUUACAAUUUCUACAAUGUGCCGCAAGGAGUGGACGCAGAUUCGAUUGACAGAGCUCUAUCCAUCGUCAUGGCGAGCGGCUCCCUCUACGACCAGGCGAGAUCGCUGCUGUUGCUGGCCAAACUUAGGAUCCUGGCGUGCGGCGGCCGUGCUGAAAAGUUGUGUCGCGUUGGUGCAGAUCUGGAGCGCGUCAAGAACAUGUUUGUGAAGGUGGAAGCGCAACAUAGGGUCAGAGACACGCUCUAUCUUAGCAGUCGCGUGUGGCACGCCGCUGGUCAACUGGAGGCUCGCAACAAGUGCGCGCUCGAGUUCCGGACGCUGGAGCAGGCGCUGCCCUGCAAAAAUAUCCUCCCUCCAACUCCCAUAUUUUAGGCUCGAAAAUCCCAUGUUAUUCUGUAGCUCUGAACUGCGAUUGCUUUUGACGCGCGUUGAAAUCUGUUGUGGGUGUUUCGAUGAACUAGCCUUUGAACGAGGUUUUGAGGAGAAUGAAUCUGAUGUGAUCAUGUGAAAGGAAUAUGAUAUGAUAAUGUGAAAGGAAUCUGAUAUUUUCAUAUGUAAUGAAUAUGUUAUAAUCAUGUGUAAGAAAUCUGAUAUUUUCAUGUGAAAUGAAUCUGAUAUGAUCAUGUGAAAGGAAUUUGAUACUUUCAUGUUAAUCUGAUGUGAUCAUGUGAAAGACCUCGCGUUCUGAGAUCUGAGGUUGAAAGUGAUGGUGGUAAAUUGACCAUAUGUGCCGUCCUGAGUUGGUUAAUCCUGUAAUUUAAUUCGCUUUCCUAUUGGUGACGAAUUAUCGAUUGGCUGGAAUUUAAAUCUAUAGCACUCUUAUUAAGCAUACGUUUGUCUGCUGUUUCUAGCGUCGAAUUGUAUAAAGUUUAUGUAGGUAUUAUUGUAUAUUGAUUUCAGUUCCUCAAAUGUUCUUUUAAUUAUUUAAAAUAUUUUGUUUGAUUUUUUUAAUUGACCUUCCGCGUUGACGCCGAAUGGAUUGACCGAGCCUAAUGAAUAGAACGCCGUUCACCAUCCACUCACGCCAUUCUCUGUAGUCUUAAUUUCUAUGCCACAAAUGCGUCGCCCCCUUUAAGGUUAACCAAGGAGCGCCGACUGAGCAUCUAAGCAAGAACAAUCAACAAUCAGUUAACACGAGAAGCUAAUCAGUCAUAAGUGACCUUGUAGAAUAAAUCUUGAUAGAUUAUAUUGUCUGUUACGCUAUUUAUUGAUGUAAUCCAUUGUACUCACCAAGCGACCAAUCAAAAUGUAUUAGCCUUCGUUGAUUUUUUGAAAGUUUCGUCAAACGAACCAUUUAAAAACACUGCACAAUUCUCUCCGAAAGCAACUCAAUAAAUGACUAACGCCGUUGAUGGAGUACAUCUUACAUAUUUGAACUGUACAUCACACUAGUCGCGCUCCAACGUCCGUACCCGCUCUGUUUCUCAUGACUGCAGGCUUCUAGGCGUGACCACUCUUAGUAAGAUGACAGCAAGGAAUACGGGGUUUGAGCCCCAGCAAGCUGAGAAUUUCCCGUGAUGUUAUUUCUAAGUUCGACCAUUCCCUGUCUGACGGGAGCCAUGAGUCGUAGGUUCGAGCCUUAGCAAGUUGAGAAUAAUUCUUAAUCUCGAUCGUAAUUCUUUUUGCUACCGUUUUUCAACACUCCAAACAGUUGUUUUUCUUGCUUUAUUUCUCAUGUCCGAUCUAAGGGGAAAUUUUUGUAAACGUGAUCUGACGAAGCUGAUUUUCUACCUAAAUCUGGUUCCUUUUUUUUUUCUGCGGUUAAAGACUGGGAAUUUUAAGUUUCGACUUUCAAAAAAAUUAAAUUUCAGUGUGUUCUACAAAUGAUAAUCUUAUAGAAUAUGUACAGUUAAACUCGCUUACAACCCGCUAAUAUGAAGUAUCUACGCUUAUGAACGAAUGUACCAAAACUUUGAUGAUUCAAUCAGAUCACCCUUGUCAGACUGCUUAAUUUGACGUUAUCAUCGUACCGAGUUCAGGUAUAAUUGUUCCUAUGCAAUACUACACGGUUUAAAAUUCCAGGUUUGGGUCGGAAAGUCUUGGUUAUCUUUUCAUGACGUGACUGUUUUUGCAAUUGUUGUUUCCUUGUAGCUCUGCUUCUGUGGCUGUUAACAAAACAUUCUGCAAGUUUAGUGCACGAGGUCGCGCCAAUUGCAUCUGCGGAUCUUAUUUUUUACUUUGCGAAGCAAUUUACUUUGUCUGAAUCAUUUAAGGUUUAAGAAAUAUAAAGAUUUGAUUAGUAGGAUUCAAUCAAAAUUAUUAAUUAAUCCUAAUUAUUAAUUAAAUCCUACUAAUCAAGAUUAGUAGGAUUUAAUUUUUCACUUUCCAUCAUCGCUUCAACGGCAAUUAACAAAAUUUCAGUAAUUUCUCGAACUUGAAGCCAAACAUUUCACAACAAACUUUUUCAAUCAUUUGAUUUAAAAAAAUAUAACUCAGUAC